GAUCUCACUCGCAAGUACAUAAACUUGCAGAGGGUUCACGAUAAAACAAGGUUGAAGCUACAGAGCCUGAGAAAAAAAGUGUCCUCACUUGAAAAAAAAGUGCGCACUGAAAUCGGCAUCAUUUCUCAAUGAAGACCAAGUGAAAUCUUUGACAAUGAAGACAACGAAGGGCCAUAAGUGGUCUGAAAAGACCAUACGAGUGGCACUUCAGAUAAAACAUGCGUGUGGCACAACAGGCUACGAAAUGCUGAGAUCUUUGUCGUACCCGAUUCCGAGCAACAGGACCUUGAUCCGAAGGCUUCAAAACAUUCGCUUCCUGCCUGGCAUUCUCCAUGAAGUGUUUAAUGUUUUAAAGCACAAGGUAGAGGCAAUGGAAGAUAUUGAAAAGGACUGUGUCCUUUUCAUGGACGAGAUGGAGAUAAGUCAGGGCUUUGAUCACGAUCGGUCCCUUGAUUGCCUUUUCGGUGGCACUACAUUGCCUGAAGCGACUGCAGAUGUUGCUAACCACGCCCUUGUAUUCAUGGUUGGAGGACUGAACACACGGUGGAAACAAGUAAUUGCAUAUCAUUUCACUGCACGCUCAGUUGAUGGGAAAGCUCUGAAGGACCUCGUCUUCAAUUUGAUUGAACUUUGUUUCAACAUCACACUAAGAGUGCUUGUUGUUACAAGUGAUAUGGGAGCUGCCAACCGUGCAGUCUGGUGCCUUCUUGGCUUCUCAAGCCAUAGGCACUCUGAGACUGUGUGCUCUGUUUCACACCCACACCUUGAAGGUAGGCAGCUAUAUUUUAUGGCUGAUCCAGCCCACGUCCUGAAGAAUAUUCGUGCUCAACUGCUCCGUGUGAAGACAUUCACUCUAGGAGAAGAAACUAUACGUGAGCACAAGCUUACAGCAGGAACUGUGAACAUAGACCAUGUCGAAGCUGUUCUCACACAUGACAGAGACAAGGAGCUCAAGAUUGCCAGCAGGCUCUCCGACGUCCACAUCAGCCUUGGACACUUCACGACAAUGAAAGUGAACAUUGCUGUUCAAAUGUUCCGUGAGGCUCCACCGGCUAUACGCUAUCUGAUUAAGCAAGGAAUCUUACCUCCUGAAGCGGAGGCGACGGCGUGGUUUUUUGAACUUGUCAGUAGGUGGUACACCUUGAUGUCGUCACGGCAUCCAGUUGUUGCUUUGAGCAAUUUCGAUCUUUCCAAACACAAGGAAGCAACUGAACUCCUUGGACUAGCUUGUGCCACCUUCUGUGGACUAAAUAUGGGACUUACUGCACACUGGAAGCCGUCACAAGCUGGCCUUUUGGUGUCAACUACUGUUGUCCUGCGUCUUUCUCAUGAGCUUCUGAACAAGCUCAAUUACAAGUACUUGCUAACUGGUAGAUUGUCACAGGAUUGUCUCGAAAAUAUCUUUUCUGUAUUGAGGCUCAGAAAACCUGUGCCGAGCGCAUAUGAUGUCAAGUGUGCCUUAAAGCUUAUCUGCGUUGGCCAGUUUGUAAACACACCGACAUCAUCUAGCUAUGGUGUUGAUGACAGCACGCACCUGGCUGACCUUCUUGACCCCAGUUUCAAACAGGAUCAAGUGGAAGGUCAGGAGCCCGAGGAGCUUGAGAACUUGUUUGUUUAUGCACUUACCACAGAAGAGUGCGAUAUCCUUGCGUACUUGGGAGGCUUUUUGCUGAAGUCAGUCAUCGGUUUUCUUGGAGAGUGCAAAGACUGUGAAAGAGCCCUGGUUGGCGAUGCAACAGGCCAGUACAAUGCUCUUAUACAGCUGAAAGAGUAUGUCAAGAAUAGCGGAAAGCUCAUCCAGCCAAGCCAAACAGUGAUGCAAGUUUUAAUCGAAUGUGAGGAAAAUAAGACUUUCGCAAACAUGAAUGAGAUCCUGACUCUCAAAGCUCCAUUUACAGGUAUCCUGAGUGCCUUGCGGAAGUCUGUGGCUAUGAGAUUAGGGUGUUGUGAUGCGCAUGAAUCAAGGGCAUGCAAAAUGCUCUUUGAGAAGUAUGUGAGGACAAGACUUAAGAUUCAUCUCCGACAGCAGCAUGCGCAGAGGGUGAACGGACAGUCCAGCAAAACCUGUGCCGCUGCUAAUCUUAUCUGAGCCGUGUGUGGCGUCUCAGUGGUUAAUUUAAUGCUGCUGUGGUUGUGUGAUGUGUUUGCAGAAGUGUUUGACGUGUGCCUCUGGAUGUCUUUUUAACGCCUCGAGCAGGUGGGGCAUUCACUAAAAUGUUUCGCACCAAAGCUCUUUGUUCAUUGCUUAGUGUACUGAAAAACAGCAUGCUUCCAUGCGUUCUAGCUGCUAAUAUUGACUUUACCUGAAUGCAGCAUCACUAGUAUCAGAUUAACUUUCUUUAAUGCUUGUCUUUUUCGUAUGGCUGUAACAUAUUUUGUUGACAGAUAUCAUUGGCAGUCUUGAUUUCAGUGAUGUGUUGUAUCCUGCGACUGCACAGUUGUGCUGAGAAAAUAUGUGAGAAUACUUCGAAGGCGUAUUGCUAUUGCAUAAUCAGAAAGUGACUAUGUGCACCAGAAUUUAAUGGCGCAAGAAUGUAGGUUUGUAUUGAAGCUAUGUGGUAUUGUGUGCUCCGCCUGGUACAGUGGCAGUGAAAGUUUGCAUAACCGUGGUCUCCUGUGAUGGCUUUACUUGAAUUUAUAUUCUUUGAACUGGCAUGAACUUUUUGGCUUUAUUACUGUUUGACUCAUGUUUUGGUGCUUGCUAUGCGACAUUUAUUAUGCACAUAUGUUGUUUAUUCAAAGCAACUAAUCUUUUCGUAUUCAUUUUCGCCAAAGAAAGAUGGUUUAAAGCACAUAGUUUUUGUUGAUUAAAUGAAUGCUGUGUAGCUCCUUCAAAGAAAUCCUCUGCAACACGCACCCCUUUCGUGUAAUUUUGUUGCAUCGCAAGUGUAUGGGAAGACGCUGAAGAGUUGGAAUUAAUCAAUGGAACAUUUGUGGUGCCUCCACGCAACGUGUAAAAAAUAUUGCGGCUUUAUUAAGACAGUCUGCACUCGGGUGGCCAUGAUGGCUUAUGGGCGACUCACUGCAAGAUUCAGAAACAUUUCACUUCGAAGAACAUGAAAGCUGUUGCGGAGGAUUAUGUGAGGACCUGUCACAAUUUUCAUGCUAUUCGUGCCAAGUUCCACCCAAAAUGAAACCAGACGGUCAUUCCUUGAUGUUCAGAUGUGCCCUUCGAAGUUGUCAAUCUCGAUUUUCUCUCAACUCAAGAAGAAUCGAGAGGGUGUGCACCGGACUCGGUCUUUUAUGGUGGCUUUUUACCAGUGAACAUGUAUGGCGGUGGCAAAGCCCGGAUAAUGUGAACAGUGUCAUCAUAUUAAUGGAAAGAGAGACAUUUAGACACACCAGGUGAUUGUUUCUGAUAAUGUACCUGCAUUCCACAGUGAGAGCAUCCGACGGCAUGCAGGAAAGCAUACCACCCUGAAAAGCAUGCCUUAGCGGAGCUCCUCAUCCGUGACUUCAAUACCUUCAUUUAUGUGUACCCCGAAUUUCGUGGAGGAUGCAAGUGCACCCUUGAACCAGUGGUGAGACAUCACAUUCAAUCUCACACGGCUGGACUUGGCCAUAGUCCUAUGUUUGCUGCCCUUCAAAAGACGCCAUGACUGCCAGUAGAUUACGAAGGUACAUGGAGCACUGGUUUGGUUAAGGUGGCUUCUCUGUGAGAACUGGUAGGGAUUGUGUGCUUGCCUGUAACGCUAUAAAUGUUACCUUAUGGAUGCUACAAGUUCCUUUAGAAUGUUUAAUGUUUGUUUCACUGUAGGUUUUUGAAACAUUCUUAUAGGAUGCAGCCUGUCUCCUGUUUUAGUAUCACUUUAGUUGAGAUGCAGACUAUUUGCAAAGUGUUUUCCGAGGCUGAUCAUGUAACCCAAUAAAUAUGCUUGUUCACAUGUGCACGUAUUUGUUUCCAUUACUGAACUCACCCAGAGGAAACUCACUUGGUGGUAUGUCUCUGAAUGACUGUUUAAUGUACUGGGCUUGGCAAUAGUUUCAUUUGCCGAGAAAUCUAGUUACCAAGGUCAAAACAAAAAAACUGUUGUGGCUGGUGGUGGAUGCA